UGAGAGCAGCAGCGGCCGGGCAGGUGUUGGGGGCGUUCCGGGAUUGAGGGGUGGUGGUGGUGGUGGUUUAGCGAUACCCUACUGGCUAUCGCUUCAGUGGGUAGAGGGGACCCCUGCCCGAGAGCUUUAAUGGAGCUGGGUCCUGCCUUCGCGCUGAGGAGCCCUCGUUUUCGAGAUCAGGCCUGACCGGGAUAAGCUCCAGAGCAGAACAAAGGGGAUGUGAACGUGUGUGAAGAGGGACUGAGCAGGAGGAGGAACCUCACUUUACAACAGCCCACUUGUGAGAACAAACAGUAUUAUGUCUCAGUCCUGGGCAAAGUGAGGUGAGUUAUAGCCUUUGGAGACCUAUAAUUUUGAACAUAGACGUUCCUUAGAAGCUAAAUCUUUUUAAACAGAUGAUGAUAAACCUGGAGGGUAAAUUUAGAUAUAGAUACUUUUGCAUUUCUUCUUCGUAUUCUCUGAGGGAAUUUUUAAGUAGUUGGCUCAACAAAAUGCUCUUGAAACAAAAUUGAAAACAAAAAAUACCAUGUGCCACAAAGGUAACUAAUCUAGGUUUCUUCGGGGACCAGAACACCCUGCAAAUAUUAGCUUUGAAAAUAAAGCUAAUCUCCAACAGGAAAAUACAACUGGGUCAGGUUUAUUAUUAGGUGUACCAUAGUCCUUUUUUCACUGGGACCUCUGUGUUGUCUCUAGAGUAGAAAAGGUCUAAUGUCUAAAAGAGCUCUACUAUAAUAAUCAAAACAAAAGAGCAAGCCAUGAAAAACUGUAACUAGGAAAUCAGUACACACCCUUACUGGCUAGCAGGCAAGCAAAUGAAAAUGGAUAUAAAUUUAAAGUACCGUAAUAUGACUGACGCACUAAAAAGAUUACUGUCAAUGUUCAGAACUUUCAGAUUUGGGUAAACAUUUAUUUACACGUUUUUAAUGGAAUUUUAAAUUGGUUUGGAAAUUUGAAGAAUUUUUCACAAUCAUUGAAUCUUUAAUUCUACAUUGAGAAUAUAUUUAAGAAAAUAACACAAAUAUAUUCAGAAUUAUUUUACAUUCACAUUGAUAGUUUAGCAUUUAAUAUUCAUUAGGUUGUUUAGUAAAAAUACAUAAAGUUUACUUUUUAAAAAAAUUAAGUACAGUGAUUAUUAUUCUAAACUGCCUCAGAAAAUAGAACGUUGAUUUGUAGUAGCACCAAAGAGGGGAGGGAAUAUGCUAUAUAACAUGUAAAGAUUCUCUUUGUCGGUUAGCUAUGAGAUGCAAAAUAGCAUCUACUCACUAAGGAACUUUUGUACUUCGUAGAAUAUCUUUGAUAUUUAGUUGACCCUUGGUUCUCAGAAAAUAAGUGGCUUGUAAUUUGACCUUUUGCUCUAUCAUAUUUUCUUUUUUAUAAUCUGCUUGACUUUGAUGAGUGUUUUUCCAAUGUUUCAUUUGUUUUUGCAAGGUAUUUUGCCAUCCUUUCCUUCCAUGAUGUGAUUCUUCAGGCCAAGAAGAAAAAGAUGUGUCUGUAGUUAAAAUUACCUCAUCCUUGGUGUUUUUCAGUCUAGGAUCACUGUAUGUAACUAAUGCUGUUACAUUACAAGUAAGACAAGUUCCAAUACUUUUUUUUUUUUUUCUCCUUGACCUGCAGAGAUUCACCAACAAUAGCAAAUUACAGACUGGCUUGGAAAACACUCCCAUGUUCCAUUGGUAUCUUCUUUUACAGUAUUAUUUAAAUGUUUCAUAGUGCUUUGUUUUUCUUCCUUAAGUAUUUGUAAGUUCAUCAGCUCUGUGAUGAACUUACAGAGAACUGGAUAUUCUCUAUGGUACCCCAGCAUCCAAUUAUGCAUGUGAUGUAUGCACAAAACAUUUUUAUUGAGUGGACAAAAUGUAACCUUUUUGAUUGAUUCAGGGAACUAAAAUAAAAUGAUUCUUUAAUAAGUACAGAUUUUCUGAAGCACAGAUGAAAUUUAACUUCAUAUGAUUCUGUCAAAUGUGAUAGAAUGCACGUUUCCUGCUCAAUGUGGUAAUAGUCAAGAGAGCCAGAAUACCCCUGAGCUGAUUACCAAAGUAAGAAGAAAAAAUCACAAAUAUUUGAAUAAUUUAAAUCAAUGCACAAACAUCUAAAUAAUUAUAACUGAUUUAAAUAAUUAAAAAUCCCUUAUUGGUAAUGAUUGUCAUAUGGACAACCAAGAGUUGCACGAGUUAUAUUUUCUUUUUGUACGAUUUGACUUGGCUGAACGCUAACUCUUUUUAGGACUGAUUUAAUUAUUUAUUUGUUCUUUGGUUCUGUGUUAAUUUUUAUGAGCUUAUUAUGGACUUAAAUUCAUUAUAAUUUAUUUGUCCCAAUUACUUAUUAUACUUGAACUUUUUCUUUUUGCUUGGAUGUACUUUAUUAUGUAUUUGAUUUCAGUAUUAUGUCACAUUAUUAAAUAGUGCUUAUUGUUACCACCACAAAUGAAAGUAAAGUUGUGAGUUAUAUAAUAAUUAAAAAUAUAUGUUUAAUCUACUUGUAAUCAUCAAAAUAUGUGAAAAUACAUAUGAUUGCAUUAAGAUUUACCCCAAUUUAAUUUUGUUCCCUCUUUCAGCUGUCCUUGAAGACUAAUUAGUUACACUGGCUAUGCUGCUGUUCUUUACUUUGGGAUUGCUUAUACAUUUUGUGUUCUUCGCCUCCAUCUUUGACAUUUAUUUUACAUCUCCUUUGGUUCAUGGAAUGACUCCUCAGUUUACACCAUUGCCCCCUCCAGCGAGAAGAUUAGUGUUGUUUGUUGCUGAUGGCCUUCGAGCAGACACACUUUACGAAUUAGAUGAAAAUGGGACCUCUAGAGCACCGUUUAUUAGGAAUAUCAUAAUGCAUGAAGGCAGCUGGGGCAUAUCUCAUACACGUGUGCCGACAGAAUCUCGGCCAGGUCAUGUAGCUCUGAUAGCUGGGUUUUAUGAAGAUGUCAGCGCAGUUGCCAAAGGAUGGAAGGAAAAUCCUGUAGAAUUUGAUUCUCUUUUUAAUGAAAGUAAAUACACAUGGAGCUGGGGAAGCCCAGAUAUCCUGCCUAUGUUUGCCAAAGGUGCUAGUGGAGACCACGUUUAUACAUACAGUUAUGAUGCUAAAAGAGAGGAUUUUGGUGCUCAAGAUGCAACAAAACUGGAUACGUGGGUUUUUGAUAAUGUUAAGGACUUCUUUCGUCAUGCCAGGAACAACCAGUCUUUGUUUUCUAAAAUAAAUGAAGAGAAAAUAGUUUUUUUCUUACAUUUAUUAGGAAUAGAUACAAAUGGACAUGCUCAUCGACCAUCCUCGAGAGACUACAAGGAUAAUAUUAAAAAAGUUGAUGAUGGAGUUAAAGAAAUCGUGUCUAUGUUUAACCAUUUCUAUGGAAAUGAUGGGAAAACAACAUUUAUCUUUACCUCUGACCAUGGAAUGACAGACUGGGGUUCCCAUGGGGCUGGUCAUCCUUCAGAGACUUUAACUCCUUUAGUCACUUGGGGAGCUGGAAUCAAUUAUCCCCAAAGAGUAUCAGCUCAGCAGUUUGAUGAUUCAUUUUUGAAAGAGUGGAGAUUGGAGAACUGGAAGAGGCUAGAUGUCAAUCAGGCUGAUAUUGCACCAUUGAUGACUUCUCUUAUUGGAGUUCCCUUUCCUCUUAACUCAGUGGGAAUCCUUCCUGUGGAUUAUCUUAACAACACUGAUCUCUUCAAAGCAGAGAGCAUGUUUACAAAUGCAGUACAGAUUCUUGAACAGUUCAAGGUGAAAAUGACUCAGAAAAAAGAAGUUACUUUACCAUUUUUGUUUACACCAUUUAAACUGCUUUCUGAUUCCAAACAGUUCAAUAUUUUAAGAAAAGCAAGAUCUUAUAUAAAACACAGAAAGUUUGACGAAGUGGUCUCCCUUUGCAAGGAGCUAAUUCAUCUAGCGUUGAAAGGAUUGUCCUAUUAUCACACAUAUGACAGAUUCUUUUUGGGCAUCAAUGUUGUUAUUGGUUUUGUGGGAUGGAUAUCUUAUGCUUCUUUGUUGAUCAUCAAGUCUCAUUCCAACCUUAUAAAAGGUGUUAGUAAAGAAGUUAAGAAACCAAGCCAUCUCCUGCCAUGCAGUUUUGUAGCUAUUGGCAUUUUAGUAGCAUUUUUUCUGCUGAUUCAAGCCUGUCCCUGGACAUAUUACGUAUAUGGUUUGUUGCCAGUGCCAAUAUGGUAUGCAGUUCUAAGAGAAUUUCAAGUUGUUCAGGACCUUGUCACAUCACUGUUGACCUAUCCUCUGAGCCAUUUUGUUGGGUACCUGUUAGUCUUUACCUUGGGCAUUGAAGUAUUAGUUCUCAGUUUUUUCUACCGCUAUAUGCUUACCGCUGGACUUACUGCCUUUGCGGUUUGGCCAUUUCUCACUCGGCUGUGGACUCGAGCAAAGGUGACCUCACUGAGUUGGGCUUUCUUCUCUGUGCUCCUGGCGGUGUUCCCACUGAUGCCGGUUGUAGGUCGAAAGCCAGACAUCUUUCUAGUGAUGGGUGCAGGCUUGCUGGUUCUUCUGCUAUCCCUGUGUGUUGUAACAUCUCUCAUGAAAAGAAAAGAUAGCUUUAGAAAGGAAGAGCUGUUGGUACAUCUAUUACAGGUGCUGAGCACAGUGCUCUCCAUGUAUGUUGUGUAUAGCACCCAGAGUAGUCUACUUAGGAAGCAAGGACUGCCUCUUAUGAAUCAAAUUAUUAGCUGGGCAACAUUAGCCUCUUCCUUGUUUGUGCCACUACUGAGUUCUCCAGCUGUCUUUCAGCGAUUGUUCAGCAUACUUCUUUCAUUGAUGUCAACCUACCUACUUCUAAGCACAGGGUAUGAAGCUGUCUUUCCACUAGUAUUGUUUUGUUUGAUGUUUGUCUGGAUAAACAUAGAACAAGAAACUCUACAACAAUCUGGUGUUUGCUGUAAACAAAAGCUUACCAGUAUCCAAUUCUCUUAUAAUACUGAUAUAACUCAGUUUCGACAGCUAUAUCUGGAUGACAUCCGUAGGGCCUUUUUCCUUGUUUUCUUCUUAGUGACAGCAUUUUUUGGAACUGGAAAUAUAGCUUCUAUUAACAGCUUUGAUCUUGCCUCUGUCUAUUGCUUUCUGACUGUGUUCAGUCCUUUCAUGAUGGGAGCCCUGAUGAUGUGGAAGAUUUUAAUCCCCUUUGUUCUUGUUAUGUGUGCUUUCGAAGCGGUUCAGUUGACUACUCAGUUAUCGUCAAAAAGCCUUUUUCUCAUUGUUCUCGUCAUAUCAGACAUUAUGGCUUUGCAUUUUUUCUUCUUGGUCAAGGAUUAUGGCAGCUGGCUUGAUAUUGGGACAAGGCAGCUCCUGGCAUGUACUGCCUGGUUAUUUAUAUACAUCUCUGCGUCUCCCAAUAGACUGUGGAUUCCCUCGGAUCCAGAAUUGGAUUUGAAUCUCUUACAUGCCAUACGUGCUUGGCAUGUAAAAGUGCUUCUUACAUUUGGCAUACCUCUCUUUACUCUACCAUUUGAUUAUUUUCAUUUUAGACAUAGGUCAGAAUUUUGCUUCAAAAAUAUUCUGGUAAAAUACAGUAUUUUGUGUAUGAGACUUUUUCUUUUAUUUUUAACUGUGGUAAACUACGCAUAAUGAAAUUUACCGUCAUAACAGCUUUUCAGUGUACAGUUCAAUGGUAUUAAGUAUGCAUUCACAUGGUUGUGCAACUAUUACCACACACCAUCUGUCUCCAGAACUCUUUCCAUCUUGAAAAGCAAACUCUGAAUGCAUUAAUCAGUCACAUCCCAUUCUUCCUCUCAUCAGCCCCUGGCGACCACCAUUCUACCUUUCUUUCUAUGAAUUUGAUGACUCAGGGUACCUCAUGUAAAUGACUUCAUACAGUAUUUGUCUUUCUUGCAACUGACUUAUUUCACUUGGUGUAAUAUCAUUAAAGUUCAUUUAUAUUGUAGCAUGUGUCAGAAUUUCUUUCCUUUUAAAGGCCGAAUGCUAUUUCAUUGUAUGUGUAUAUGCAUAUGCCAUAUUGUUCACCUGUUCAUCUGUCAAUGGAUACUAGAGUUCUUUCCACCUUUGGUUAUUGUAAAUAAUGCUGCUGUGAACUUGGGUGUGAGACUGUUUUGAUCAGAGACGUCUAAAUUGGUUUGACUCUAAAGAGGUGCCAAGGAAUGAAGAAGAUGCAAUUUUCAUAGGAAGAUGUGCAUCAUUAGUUUAUGAACAGGCAUUCAUUUGUAUUGCACUAAGAAUUUUAGAUUUUCUUUAAUUAACUUGAGGUUUAUCUUUACCUGGCAUGUUUUUUCUUCAAAGUAAAAAGUUUUUACUCUGAUUACCAGUAAUAACAUGUGUAAAACACAAAGCACCUUUUCAUAUCCAUGAUCUCAAUUCAAUCCAGCAAAUAUUUAUUGAGCACCAGCUGUAUGCUAGGAGAGUUGCUGGGGAUGAGAAACUCACAGUUCUGGGCUCUCAGGAAGCAUAAGGCUGGAGGAGGAAGCAGAUCCGUGAGCAGGCCAUAUGGUGCAGUGUGAGAAAUUCUACAGUAGGCUCUCUUGUACUGUGGGGACACUUAGGGUAUCUGUCUGAGUCUUGUAACUUAAGGCAGGUUUGUCAGGACAGGAGCUGUCUAACACUGCAAGUGUGGCGCUUACAAGAGUACGUUGGGUCACAAGAACUAGGGAGAAUGUGUAGAGUGAGAGAAGGUGAAGAGCAGAGAACAAGAAGUAUAGAAACGGGGCUGAAAGAAGUGGCCAGAAGGCAGGAGAAAACCGAGAGAGAGCCGUGUUGUGCAAAUCAUGUGAGCAUUUCAGGCAGGAGAGAGGUCAUGCAGUCUCAGAUGUGACAGAGUGUAAGUGAAAACAUAAAGGCGUGCCUUGGUUUAAGUGGCAGUGGGCAUUGUUGAGCGUGGCUGGAGAAGUUUCAGGGGUAGGAUUUGGUGCUAGAUUGCUGCACUGAAUCAGAUCCACCAGUUUCCAGGUGAGGACUGCAGACCAAAGAUAAGCAUUUUUCUUUUUUCUACCAAGACCCCAAUAAAAAUAAACACACUUAGCAAAAUGAAAAGAAUGGGAGAAGGACUAUCAGCAAAUUUGAGUUCAACAAAUUUCUAGAAGAUAGGUAACCAGAGGGAGGAAGCAGCAGCCCAGAAGCUACAGACUGGUAUGACCAAAGGGAAGGGAGUUGCAGGGGCUUUAGACUCAGUCAGACAGUAAUGUGGAAGGAGGAGUGAGGAAGGGAAGCAGGAGAUUAAUUGGAUAUCUUCCUACCAAAUGAUGGUAUCAACAGGCUCUCCAUAGCCUGUCUCCUCCUUCCUUCAUCCCCAUGGAGAACGUGCUACAGGUGUUUUACUCCCAGUGGAAAACCAGAAGACGCCUCUAAAGAGACAAAAAAAAAAAAAAGACCUGGGAGGAAUUUCACUGCUAUGAUAUAUGUGCCUCCACUUUAGUGAGGCUGUCCUCCAUUCUAGCAUGUGUAGCCUCCUCCUAACGAAGGACAGAGACAGGCAUCCCUCCUACUCAUCCUGUAACAUGACACAGCAAUUCCUAUCACAUGCCUAGAACUUACUGGUGGCCAUCCUAUUUGUGAGUUAGACCUAGAGGGAAAAGAGACUUUCUUAAAAAGUGAAAUACACACUACCCUUGCCCCAGCAAUUCCAGGUACCCAAGAGAAGGCAAAACAUAUGUAUGCUGAAAGACUUGUACAGGAAUUUUCAUAGCAGCUAUAUUAAUAAGAACCAAAAUCUUGAAACAAUCCAAAUGUUCACCAGCACAUGAAUGGACAAACAAAUUGUGCUGUAGCCAUACAAUGGGAUAUUACUUAUCUAAAAAGGCAGUGAGUAAGUGAUGAGCUCAACUACAUGGAUAACUAUCAGAAACUUUAUAGAGUUAAAGAAAUCAGAUAUCUAAGAGUAUAUAGUGUACUCCAUUUAUAUAAAAUUCUAGAGCAGGCAAGACUGUAGUCACAGAAAGUUGAUCACCGGUUGUUUGGAGCUGGCAGUUGGGGUAUGAUUGACCACAAAAGGGUAUGUAGGAACUUUUAGGGUAACAGAAAUGUUCUAUAUUUUGAAAGUGUUUUUAGUUACACGAGUGUACCAUUUGUCAAUACUCAGUUAACGGGACAUUUAAAAUGGUUCCAUUUUCUCACAUGUAAAUUAUACCUCAAAGUUGAUUCAUAAGGAAAAAUAGAAAAAUUAAAAGUUGAAAUGAGUGGAGCAUAGUAUACAUAGAUUAAAUUCUGGUUAGUAGGAGGGACUUUGUUUUAAAUGGAUGCAUCCAUAAACAACAACAUAAAGGUAAUAAGUCAUAUUAGGGGGGUAACCACCAGAGGAUCUAAAAAGAAAAGUAGAGUCGUUGCUCUGAAAAGUGAAUAAGAAGGAAUGAGAGAUUGUUGCUUUUCAUUAUAAGUCUUUCUCCAUUAUUUUGCUUUUCUAGUACUUGCAUAUAUGACCGAUAAAAAAGAGAAAAAUGCAUAAGUAGAAUUGGAGGUCAGGAAGUAGAGUUCUAAGUACAGACUACUCUUUCAAGUUUAAUUAGAAAGGGGAGAAGAAACAGAGUAGUAGUAUUGCAUGGGAAUACCCUCACACCUCCCUUUGAGGGAGAUUUUAUUUUCAUUUAUUUUACUAAUGAGCAUGAGGAAUAUUAUAAUUAGAAGGAGUGAAUGUCCCUAGUUAAAUUAAAGUGUAAUUACUCUCUGUCAAAGAGGGAUUUUGAAGGCAUUAUGUGGGGCCCAAAUGGAGUGAGGUCAUUCCCAGAGCAGAGCAGAGGCAGAGAGCCUCCCACAAGGUCACAGCAAGGCUGUGCAUUGCUACAGAGUCCACAUACCCAUCAGUUGUUUAUCUGAGAUUGGAGUCAUGAAAGACGUGAUAAAGGCUGUUCAGAAACCACAGAGUCCUCUCUAUUAGACAAAAGGCAAAGUAAGAUAGAAGCUCAAACUUGAGUAGGAAGCCCAGGAUGUCAGUCAAAGGGUUGCCCCUGGUCGCAUUUCUACCAAAAAUAACCAACACUUCUGUGCUACUUUAUUUACAUUGCUUUCUACAUUAUUUCAUGUGAUUUUCCUCAUAACACUGUAGAUAUUAUCUUUCACAGUAGAUACAUUUGCCAUCUCCAUUUUACAGAUGAGGACACUGUGGCCCUAAGGAGACUGUGACUUGCUCAUGUCACAGAGUCAGUCAAUGGUUGAGCUGAUCUUAAAGGAAGCACUUGUGAAUGGUGAAGCUGCCAUGAGGUGUGCAGGCUGCUCAGUCACUGCCUGUUUUGUGCAUGCUGCCAAACUGCACAGUUGGCAAAGUGAUUUGUUAUUUAUGUCAGAAGAUGGAAACAAGUAGUAAAUGUCACAUUGGUAAUUAAGAGGAAAACCUUGUGACAUGAAGACUAUUGUUAGCAAGUUAAAAGCUAUGGUUAAAGAAAGCCUGUGGGAGUAUUAUGUUGCCAAAACUAAAGCUUUGAGUAAGGCCCAGAAGGGCUUUUGCUAGGGCUACAGAGAAUGGGGCAAAAUCAGAGAAGCAGUGAUGAAACGAGAUACCCAGAAGCAAGCCCCUGAACAGAAAUUUUCCUUGGCUACAGCAUCCCCUUUGCUUACCUUGAUUACCUUUAUGCCUGGGACUGAAAUAGAGGAGAUUUCAGCCUUGGAAUCCUGAAUUCAUUAUCUUUUUCCUACUUACUAACAUAUUUAGUCUUUCAUGCUUUAUUCAACAACUACUUACUGAGCAAUAACACAAGUCUGUCUUUUUUUAAAUAUUUAUUUAUUUAUUAAGACAGAGUCUCGCUCUGUCGCC